AUGACAAACAAGCCAUCCAACGUCGCUGUGGUGGGCUUCGGCCUAUCUGCGAAAGUCUUCCACAUCCCUUUCAUUCAGGCACUUCCAGAAGACUUCACGUUGUAUGGCGUGGUACAGAGAACGCCCAAGCCAGGCGAUGACGCCUCGCAAGCACAUCCAGGGAUCAAGAGCUGGAGGUCGGCUGACGAUGUCUACGCAGACCCAGCCGUCGAUGUGGUGAUUGUGACCACGCCACCAGAGUCGCACUUUGAAUUGGCCAAAAGGUCUCUGGAGGCUGGAAAGCACGUUGUUGUCGAGAAGCCCUUCGUGCCAACGCCGGAGGAGGCCGCGGAACUAGCAGAGUUGUCGAAGAAGACCGGCAAGAAGCUCGCGGUAUACCAGAAUAGAAGAUGGGAUUCCGAUUUUCUUACCUUGAGAAAGAUUCUUGCGGAUGGCUUGCUGGGAGACAUAGCAGAGUUCGAGACCCAUUUCGAUAGCCACAGCCCGGAUCCUCCUCCCGAGAGCUGGAAGAGUGAGGACAAACCGGCACACGGAACGAUAUAUGGCUUGGGAACUCAUCUGAUUGACCAGGUCUACGUCCAAUUCGGCAUGCCGAAGAAAGUGACUGCAUUUGUGGGUAACCAAAGGAGAGGCGUGGUAGGAGGUCCUCCAGACUCGAUGAACGUUUUGCUGCACUAUGAUGGACCACUCCUUGUGACAGUGAAAGCUGGUGUAGUGAGUCCAGAGGCAGAGCAGCUUCGCUUCUGGGUGAGAGGAACCAAGGGCAGCUUCAAGAAGUUUCAUUUUGAUCGGCAAGAAGACCAACUUCGCCAUGAGAAUAUCGGUCCUGGUCAGGAGGACUACGGCGUGGAUCCCGAAUCGCAUUAUGGCACACUCGUCACUGUAGGAAAGGAACAGGCUGCGCCCGUCGUGGAGCGUUAUCCUACAGUGCUGCCAGCCACGUAUGUCGAGUACUACCGUAUCUUUGCAAAGGCGAUUCGAGGAGAGGGCGAAGUGCCUGUCACAGCUGAAGAUGCGAGAGAUGUCCUGCAGAUUAUUGAGCUGGCCAAGCAGUCUUCGAAGGAGGGGAGGACGAUUGAGGUUUGA